GAAAAAUCACUUGAAACUACAUCAUUUUAGCAAUUCUUAGCACUGUUUCUAAAACACAACGCUUUAUAUAUGUCUUAUACACAAUGCAGUUUUGUAGAUAUUGACCUUCCCACCGGUAACUUAUCCACCAGAGACGCCAAUACCGAGUACCGUAUCAACAAUAUCUGCCACAGUACCAAGUACAAGCACAUUUCCUUAUGGUAAGUGUAUAGAUGAAAAAAACGUCUUUCUUUCCCUCACUAUCGAUCUAGAAGUUGUUGAUUCAGUUCCAACACAAUACCCUCUAACUACUCCUUGUGUAUCUGUCGGAGUACUACCACUACCAUGUGUUUGCCUUCCGCAGUACGAGCAAUGCGCUCCGGACAUCUGCUGCUUGAAGAAGAGAUUUCGGACACAUCACGAUGAUGCCGUUGGACCGCAAACCGUCGAUCUGUUGAUGGAUAUUCUGAAAGACAUCAAGAAAAAGAUCAGUGGUAGCUAA